ACUUGUACAUAGUGCACCAAAACAGGAUACGAAUGGCGGUAACAUUACCGCCGACACUUCCAGUUUUCAAUCUCUCUACGCUUCUCCGACGAAAUCGCAACUCUGCAAUAAUUCUCAAGAAUUCCUCGAUACGGUGCUCAUCAUCUCCAACGGCGCCCAUGGACCGGAACCAAAAGCGUGUGGUGGUGUGCGGUGGCGGCGUUAUCGGGGUAUGCACAGGUUAUUUCUUAGCCAAAAACGGUGCCGCAGUUACGCUUGUGGAGAAAUCGUCGGUGGCAUGCGCUGCGUCUGGAAAGGCCGGCGGAUUCCUCGCUCUAGACUGGUGCGACGGUGGGCCUUUAUCUUCUCUAGCCCGUGCCAGCUUCAAUCUCCACCGUUCGCUUGCCCAAGAGCUCAACGGAUUUGAAUCCUACGGCUACCGUCCUCUCACUGCCCUCAGCCUCACUGUAACAGAAUCGGAGAGCAAAAAUAAGUCGUCGUCGUCGUCAUCGGCACGUGUUGAAAAUCUUCCUUCCUGGAUUGAUGGGCCAGCCCGAGGUCCAAGAACAAUCGGGUCAACAGAAACAACGGCCCAACUGCACCCACAGUUAUUUACGCGGACUCUUCUGUCGAAGGCCAUGGAAAGUUACGGCGUGGAGUUGGUGAUAGGGAAAGUGGAGAGAGUUGCAGUGGAGGAAGGGCGAGUUGGCUCGGUAGUGUUGGAAGGAGGACGAGUUAUUAACUCCGACGCGGUGGUUUUGACGCUUGGGCCGUGGUCUGGGAAAUUUGAAAUGCUGAGAUCGCUGUUUAGAGUUUAUGGGCUAAAGGCUCACAGUAUUGUAUUGGAGCCCAAAGAGGCAAGUGCUAUAACGCCUCAUGCAUUGUUUCUAAGCUAUCAUCCGGCUCAUGGAGGAGAGCCCAUAGACCCUGAAAUCUACCCUCGUCCAACUGGGGAGGUGUACAUCUGUGGGAUGUCAUCAGAGGUGGAGGUGCCGGAAGAUCCAGAGGAAAUAGUGGGUGAUCCAGAGUCAAUAGGGGUGCUAAAGAGAGUGGCUAAAACAGUUUCAAGCCAUUUAGCAGAAGGGGAGGCACAAUUGAAGGCAGAGCAAGCCUGCUUCCUGCCAUGCACUGAUGACGGUAUCCCUGUAAUAGGAGAGUUCCCAGGAGUGCAGGGCUGUUAUGUAGCCACUGGACAUAGCUGCUGGGGUAUUUUAAAUGGUCCAGCAACUGGGGCUGCUGUGGCUGAACUUGUGCUAGACGGAAAAUCUACUCUUGUUGAUCUUUCUAAGUUCAGUCCUGCCAGAUUUCUUGGGCUUAGAAAGGGGAAAUGUUGAUGUAAAUCAUUGUACAUAAUUUAGGAUAUGUUUGGCGUUGUUGUUUUUCUGAAUUUUUUCAACUAUUUUAAAAUUCUAAUCAUAAAAAUUUCAAAACAA